AAGGGGAGAGGGGCGGAAGUGGAGGGCGCUUCGCUUCCGGCGGCGGGAGUAAUGGCGGCGGUGGGAGCGCGGCGGUGAAGGGAGCGCGGCGGCGGCGGCGGCAGCAUGGAGGGCGGGCGGGCCGGCAGCGGCGGCGGCUGCACCACGCAGGUGAGCUUCGUGUGCCAGCGCUGCAGCCAGCCGCUGAAGCUCGACACGUCCUUCAAGAUCCUCGACCGCCUCACCAUCCAGGAGCUCACCGCCCCGCUGCUCACCGCCGCUCCCGCCCGGCCCGGGGAUGCGCAGGAGGAGGAGAGCGCCCUGAGCGAGGAAGGCUUCGCGGAGAGCCGGCAGGACGGCGUGUCCCGGAGGUUCAUCCCGCCUGCCAGAAUGAUGUCGACGGAGAGCGCCAACAGCUUCACCCUCAUCGGAGAGGCGUCGGACGGGGGCACGAUGGAAAACCUCAGCAGGAGGCUGAAGGUCACCGGCGACCUCUUCGACAUCAUGUCGGGGCAGACGGACGUGGAUCACCCCCUGUGCGAGGAGUGCACGGACACGCUGCUGGACCAGCUGGACACGCAGCUCAACGUCACCGAGAACGAGUGCCAGAACUACAAGAGGUGCCUGGAGAUCCUGGAACAAAUGAACGAGGACGACAAGGAGAAGCUGCAAACGGAGCUGAAGGAGCUCGCGCUGGAGGAGGAGCAGCUGAUUCAGGAGCUGGAGGACGUGGAGAAGAACCGCAAGAUCGUGGCCGAGGACUUCGAGAGGGUCAGGGCGGAGGCAGAGCGGCUGGAGCGGGAGGAAGCUCAGUAUCAGAAGGAAUACUGCGAGUUCAAGAGGCAGCAGCUGGAGCUGGACGACGAGCUGAAAAGCGUGGACAACCAGAUGCGGUACGCCCAGAUGCAGCUGGACAAGCUGAAGAAAACCAACGUCUUCAACGCGACCUUCCACAUCUGGCACAGCGGGCAGUUUGGCACCAUAAAUAACUUCAGGCUUGGCCGCCUCCCCAGCGUUCCCGUAGAAUGGAACGAGAUCAACGCGGCCUGGGGGCAGACCGUGCUCUUGCUGCACGCCCUCGCUAACAAAAUGGGGCUGAAGUUUCAAAGAUACCGUCUGGUACCGUACGGCAACCACUCCUACUUGGAGUCCCUCACGGACAAAUCGAAGGAGCUCCCUUUGUACUGUUCUGGAGGCCUGAGGUUCUUCUGGGACAAUAAAUUCGAUCACGCGAUGGUGGCUUUCUUGGACUGUGUGCAGCAGUUUAAGGAGGAAGUGGAAAAGGGCGAAACUCGGUUUUGUUUGCCUUACAGGAUGGACGUGGAGAAAGGCAAGAUUGAAGAUACAGGCGGCAGCGGCGGCUCCUACUCGAUUAAAACGCAGUUUAACUCUGAGGAGCAAUGGACAAAAGCGCUCAAGUUCAUGUUAACUAACCUGAAGUGGGGUCUUGCCUGGGUCUCGUCCCAAUUCUACAACAAGUAACCACGGCGAGAAGUUGUCCUGGCAGCUGUGGCGUCUGCGUUUUGUUGGAGAAACUCAAAUCAAGAUGUCUCGUAACGUUGACCCGUACGAAACGUUUACAAUACCAAAAAUCCACAAGACACUUUAUUUAAGACACCGUUAUGACGAGUAGUGUGUAGAAAAGCAAUACGUAAAGUUCUAUCGCUGAGCUGAACUGAA